GGUGGAUCUUGCCUCCUCUAUGUUCAUUUCAGCUCCACCGAACCUUAACUUAAGAGCUUCGGGACAUUUACAGUUGUUUGUACAGAUAUAUCACGUUCCAACCAACCACAGGAUCUUGAUAUUAGCGUAGGGGAAUCCUGAACAUGGCGUUAAACCGAAAAUAUGCUGCAUUGCCAGAUUUGGACUCUGCGCCUGACAUCUACGAGACCCCCGAGUUGACGGAUGAUAACUCCACUAUUCCGACUACCGCCGGUCGAUCGCAGUCAGACAAUGAGUUCGACGAUGACGAUGAUGACGAUGCUCCAGGGAUCUCCCACUCGAGACUCCGAAUAGAUCAAGCUCGAUCUAGAUUUAUGCCCUCGCAAGUUGACGCCCGAGACGUGGAUUUUUCAGAUCGACUAAAUGGGAAACGAAAAUCAUACAAAACCUCUAGUCGAAGACAACGAAUACUGGCAGAUGGUACUGAACAAAUUGGUGAUCUGAGCGAUGAGGAAGAAGGCGAAGAACUAGCAAGAAAGAUUGCGCGUCUGAAGCGCGAGAUUGAAGAAGCCAAAGAAGAGUAUGGUAAACAGAAAGCAGAGUCAAAGGGAUCCGGCUCAGAUCAGGAUGAAGAGCUUGUGUCACUUAGCCAGGCUUUGGAAGAGAUGUCAACUUUGCCAGAGAGGGACAUAGCCGUUCGGGACUACCAGAAAUCCAGCAAGCAAUCAAAGGAUGAGAACCAAGACUCGAUUCGGUCGGUGGAUGGGGCAACCUAUACUGUCACCUAUGCGCCAAACUACGAACAGAGCCAUGCUCUUGCCACAGCUGCCGAUUUUGAUCGACGACUUGUACUGCUCGAAAAGGCGAUUGGUAUUACCUCGUCAUCUAUGCCCGAGUUAGAGGGCAACGGCCUACCUCGAGCUAUCAUGCCUACGUUAGAUACGCUUCAGAACCAGAUCUUGACGUUGUCGGAAGCAUCUACGUCGUCUCUCGACAGCAUUAGUCGCCGAGUACGGACUCUGACCCAAGAGGCCGAGCAGCUAGAGAAGUCUAGAAAAGCUGCUAAGGCUGCACAAGACUCACUGGCGUCUGCAGGCGCCUCUCCGGUGGAAGUGGAUGAUUCGGAGCAUACAGCCAAGGUCAAUGCGCUCUACGGCACUUUACCAACUAUUGAAAGCUUAACACCUCUUCUACCUCCAUUAUUAGACCGGCUCCGCUCGUUAAGGGCUAUUCAUGCUGACGCGGCAACAGCAACUGAUACGCUAGAACGUAUCGAGAACUCGCAGAGUGAAAUGGCAGCUGACAUCAAGGAAUGGAGAGAAGCCUUGGAGAAGAUUGAAUCGUCUAUGGGUGAAAGAGGGACGGCCAUGACUACUAACAUGAAGGUGGUGGAAGGAUGGGUAAAAGACCUGGAGGCCAAGGUUGCUACGUUGUCGUAAUAGUGGAGGUACCACUUGGUGUUCUGUGACGUAUUAGUUCUGAUACCCUAUUGAAUCAAUGAUAAAUGUGAUAUUUAAGUAUUUUUGAAGACAA